CGGGGACGUGCUGGGCGACCCCGAGGACGCGCUGGCCGAGCGCCUCACGCGCCUCGUCAUCGAGGGCGACCUGGAGGACCCGGCCAUCAUGCAGGCCGUGCACACCAGGGGGCCCGCCCAGCCCGGAGCGCUGAAUUCCAGCAUCUGGGACAGCUCGGCCGUGCUGCGGCGCAUCCGGGGGCCGCUCCUCACUCAGGAGAUGCCGUCGGUGUCCGUGCUGGAUUACGCUCUGCCCCAGCGGCCUCCGCAGGCUCGGGAGGAGGAGCGGGACCCCUCGGAGCGGGCGCUGCCCCGGCGCUCCUCGUCCCCCAUCAUCGGGAGCCCCCCGGUGCGGGCCGUCCCCAUCGGCACCCCCCCGAAACAGGCCGCCAUCCCCAACUUCAACCAGCAGAUUCUGUGUCCCAAGCCUGUCCACAUCCGAGCUACCAUGCAGCAGCGCUAUCCCGCUCCCUACGGAGAGAGGAUGUCCCCCAACCAGCUCUGCAACGUUCCGAACUCCUCCCUCCUGGGCCACCCGUUCCCCCACAGCGUCUCUCCCGUCCUCACCCACCUGCAGAGGGCCCAGCUGCUCGGAGGAGCCCAGGCCGGCCGAAUGUCCCCCAGCCAGUUUGCCCGGGUGUCCGGCCUGGUCGGGAGCCCCCUUCCCUCCGUGAAUCCCAAGCUUCUCCAGGGCAGAGUCGGGCAGAUGAUGCCUCCGGCCGGAGGGUUCCGUGCCUUUUUCGGGGCUCCCCCCGCUCCGCCCCCCUCGCAGCUCCCGCACCCUCCGGGCCCCGGAUCCCACCUGAGGUCGGUGCCGUCCCUUUCCCGGCCGCUUCCCGGCUCCCGGUGCCCAUCCCUGACUCUCCCUGCUCUUCCCAGGCCGCAGAUGUUCCGGCCCGACACGACCCACCUGCACCCGCAGCACCGGCGGCUCCUGCACCAGCGGCAGCAGCAGAGCCGGAACCAGCACCGGAGCCUCAACGGCUCCGGAGGGGACCGAGGGGGCCACCGGAGCAGCCAUCAGGAGCAGAUCCGUAAGGAUCCCUAUGCCAACCUCAUGCUGCAGCGGGAAAAGGACUGGGUGUCCAAGAUCCAGAUGAUGCAGCUGCAGAGCACUGAUCCCUACCUGGAUGACUAUUACUACCAGAAUUACUUCCAGAAGCUGGAAAAGUUGGCAGCGGCCGAGGAAGUGCACGGGGAUGGCCCCAAGAAGGAACGCACCAAACUCAUCACCCCUCAGGUGGCCAAGCUGGAGCACACCUACAAACCAGUGCAGUUCGAGGGCUCGCUGGGAAAACUCACCGUGUCCAGCGUCAACAACCCCCGGAAGAUGAUCGACGCCGUGGUGACGUCCCGCAGCGAGGAUGACGAGACGAAGGAAAAGCAGGUGCGGGAUAAGCGCCGACAGACCCUCGUCACGAUCGAGAAGACGUACAGCCUCCUCCUGGACGUGGAGGACUACGAACGCCGGUACCUCCUGAGCCUGGAAGGGGAAAGGCCGGCCCUGAUGGGAGAGAGGAAGCAGAAGAUCUGCGACAUGUACGACAAUCUGAGGGGGAAAGCGCCUGGCCAGGACAGGCCGAGUGACGACCACUUCAUGCAGAUCAUGUGCAUCCGGAAAGGAAAGCGCCUCGUGGCCCGGAUUCUCCCGUUCCUGGCCCCGGAGCAAGCGGCCGACGUGCUCAUGGCCACGGCCAGGAACCUGCCCUUCCUCAUCAAGAAGGAUGCUCAGGAUGAGGUGCUUCCCUGCCUGUUGAGGCCCUUUUCCCACGUCCUCUACCACCUUCCCUUGGGAACAGUCACCAGCCUUGUGCAGCAGCUCACGAACCUACCUCAGAGCGCCGCCGCUCCCACCAACCUGCACCUCACUGCUGUGCUCCAAAACAAGUUCGGUCUGUCCCUGCUGUACUUGGUCCUGAGCCGGGGGGAGGAAUUGCAGAGCUCGGACACGAACACGGAGCUGAUCCAGGACAACCAGUGGACGGAGCUGAUGCUGAUGGCCACCCGGGAGCUCCUGCGGAUCCCUCAGGGAGCCUUGGCCAAGCCCGUGUCCAUCCCCUCCAACCUGAUCUCCCUCUUCUCUCGCUACGUCGACCAGCAGAAGCUGAACUUGCUGGAGACCAAAUUGCACUUAGUGCACGGGAUCCGGUAGAUCUCCGUGGCUCCUCGCCACCACCGGGAUGUUCCAGAGGAAGGCUGGAAGGAAGGAUGGAUAAAUGGAUAGAUGGAUGGAGGGCACACGGUUCACCCCACACCCCCCAACGCCCGGCCUGGCACGAGGGGCACAUGCUGCCCCCCCCCCAAAUUCCUGGGAAAAGGGGGAUGUUUGGCUGCUCCCCUCUUUUCCCACAAAGCGCUGCCUUUCCCUGCUGCUCCUAAAUUCCCACUGAGUCCCUCUGCACCCCCAAGCUGCUGCUUCUCCCCCGAACUCUCACACUACUGAGGAUCCCAGAAAGGGGGAGCCCCUCGCUCCCAUAUCCUUGGGAUGCCAGGGGUUCCCCCUUCCUUCCCUGCUCCUUCUCCAGCCCUUCCCAGUCCCACUCCCGGCCUUUCCCAAGGUGAUCACACGUCACACACCUGUUUUGCACACUUGCUGCGUCUUCCCAAAAUUCAGCUCCUUCCCUCAGCCCCGGGAUCAGCCCCAGCAGCUCCAGGGGUGGCUCAGCCAGGCCUUUGUCCCCUUCCCAAUCCGGGUGGAUCCAGCUGCUCCUCGGGAAGGUGGUGGUGGUGGUUGGGGGAUAAU